GCGCCCAAAAACACAAUUGCGCUUUGUUUUUCAAAUGGAGAAUACCCGUAAAAAUGUAUUUGUCGGUUUCAUUAAUUACAGUCAAUAAAAAAUUUGAAUACAUUAAUUUCAUAAAAAUAGACUAAUUAUGUAAAAAUGAUGUCAUGAAUUUAUGUGAAUUCAAUAAAAGAUAAUUAAUAAUGGCUUUCAACGUUUUACGACGAAUCAACAUUAAAACUAACCUCUUUUUUGUUAAAACAAAGAUGGGUUCAGUAUUGAAAAUAUAUAAAAAUCUACUUAAUAAGUAUCCCCUUGGAAUGCAAGCAGUUCAAGCUGGAACACUGAUGGCCAUAGGUGACCAAAUGGCUCAAAAUGUAGUUGAAAAACGAAAAUUUAAAGACCUAGACUUCAUUCGUACAGCUCAAUUCUAUGCUAUUGGCUUUUGUAUCGGUGGUCCUGCAACACGAACCUGGUAUGGAAUUUUAGACAAAUACAUUGGCUCCAAAGGAAAUACCGUGGUUUUAAAAAAAGUAGCUUGUGAUCAGCUUCUAUUUGCACCAACUUUCAUUGUUAUUCUACUCUCUUCAAUUGGUUUGAUGCAAGGAAAUAAUAUCGAUGGAGUCAAGAGAAAAAUAAGUAACGAAUAUGAGGACAUUUUGAUCAACAACUAUAAGAUUUGGCCGUUGGUUCAAUUAAUUAAUUUCAAACUUGUGCCUCUUCAGUACCAAGUUCUUGUCGUCCAAUCGAUUGCUAUAUUCUGGAAUACUUAUAUAUCAUUUCGUACCAACAGAGAUCAGUUAAAAUUGACGUAUUAAUAAUUUUACAAUCAAAGAAAACGAUUACUUUUA